UCUACCCAUUCAUUUAAUAGAUAUAGAAGUGUGUAGAAAUGGCCAGUUCCUCUGUUCCUAAAAUAAAAAAUAUUUGUGUUUUUUGUGGAUCCAAUCCUGGGAAAGAAAAAGAGUUUUUAGAAUCAGCAAAUCAUCUUGGUCGGGUACUAGCUGAGAGAAAGAUUCAUUUAGUGUAUGGGGGAGGCAGCCUUGGGUUAAUGGGGAGUGUUUCAAUAGCUGCAUUUUUAGGAGGCAGUCAAGUUUUGGGGGUCAUCCCCAAAGCUUUAGCCGAAUGGGACAUCAUUGGAAAAACAGUCGGAGAGGAACUACAGGUCUCCGCAAUGUCUGAACGACUAUCUGUAAUGUUUAACCAUGCUGACGCCUUUAUUGCUUUACCAGGUGGUUUGGGAACUUUAGAAGAGAUAUUUCAUAUUUCAUCUUGGGCUCAGCUAAACAUUCACCAGAAACCUAUAGGUUUGCUAAAUGUUAAUGGUUUUUAUAAUACUUUACUGUCUUUUCUUGAUCAUGCUGUGGAACAACAAUUUCUAACAUUUUCAGCGCGACAAAUCCUCAUCUCUGCUGCUACUGCUGAACAAUUGAUUGAUGAACUUCAAUCUUUCAUCCCUGUAAUUGAUUCCUCUAUGAGUCGACUCAAUUGGUCAAUCACGGAACGCCGUAAAAAGCUUAGAUUGGAUUUGAGCCUUAGUUUGUGACAUAUUGUGUCUUUUGGUUUUAUUAAUGGUAUAAUAUUUGUGUUUUGUUGUUUCUUGUAUUUGUUUAAGUGUGUUUCAGGUUUGUCAGUAGUCGCUGUUUCAGGUGAUGUCUUCUAUACUCUAUCUUUCUACCUUAAAACAUUGAGGACAAUGUCUCGUUUUGGUUAGGGGGAGAGGGUAGUAGUUGAUAUUAAAAAAAAUAAUAAUAAAAAAAAAUUAACUAACUGUGUUUUCUAUUAUUACAACCAUUUGCAAACCUGUUGUUACUAGGAUGGCAGAGUAAAGGAUGAACUUUAGUGACUCUUGAGACGCAUCUUAGUAAACAUUCUUAACAAGGUCUAUUAUAAUACUUCUUGAAAUAUUCAGAUUUACAAACUCUCGCAUUGUUAUCACUUAAUUCUGCUCAUAUACUUAUUUAACAAGUAUUCUUAAACCUUCAUUUUCACACACACACUUUAACAUAUGAUUGUGGGUUGCAUAUUGGAUUAUUACAUUAUUUAUGUUCUUUUGUUAAAGGUAACAACUAAGGGA